UCUCUACUUCCAAGAAAACUGAUUCAUUACAUUCUGCGUCCCUGCGAAAAUGGCUGCAUUGAAAUCGCUCAAAGACAUCACAGACACCUUCGAAGAACAACUGACCUGCUCCCUUUGUCUAGAUGUAUUCACCCAGCCCAAAACUUUGUCCUGUCUUCAUAGUUAUUGUACAAGAUGUAUCGCACAGUGGUAUCAGACAAGCGGGAAUCGCGGCAACAAUCGAAUGGACUGUCCGAUGUGCAAGACGGCGAUAGUUGUGCCCGACGGCGAUCCUUCGAAGCUACCUUCGUCGUUCUACUUGGAUUCUCUCCUGGACUUGCUUCAUGGGAUGAAAAGCAAAGCUAAUGAACCAGUCUUGCCCCAUUGUGUGAACUGUGAACAACCGCGAGUCUUGGCGGCGUUUUGUCAGCAGUGUAAUGGCUUGAUAUGCGAGGAUUGCUGCAACGCCCAUCGGUUAUUCAAAGAAAUACGAGAUGAACACCAACCAAUAAUGCUCGAUCAAUUUAAGGAGGAAAAUGUAAACAGUUUUAUCAAAAACCAGAUGCUGUGCAAGUUCCACGAAAAAAAGAGGCUUCAAUACUAUUGUCAAGAGGAAACAUGUAGAAUCAGCGUUUGCCAAAAAUGCGCUACUUUGAAUCACCAAAACCACCAACUGCAGAGCUUAGAAGACGCUGGACAGGACUCAAGGAAAUUGAUCGUAGGAGCGAUGAAUCGAGUGGAACAACGAAAACAAAACGAUGGACAAGAACUAGAGCAAUCUAAAGAAAACAUAGGAAGAAUUCAAAGAGAGAUUGCCGAGGCAAAGAAGGACAUUGAUGAUGUGGUUGAAAUGAUUUGCAAGAUGGCCAAACAACACGGAAUAGCGAAGAAGGAGGAACUGAAGCAGACGCUCCAGGAACAAACAACAGCAAAUCAUGAAGAACAAACGGCUAUUCAAACAAGGUUAAAAGACUCAAAUGAAUUUGUGCAACACUGCCGAGCACUGUUGGAGAGAGAUGUAGCAUAUGAGGAAAUAGAAAGUAAGCAAAUGAUUCUAGAAAGAAGUCAAAUGUUAUCAGAAGCUCCUUCGAUCUUGUGCCUUCAGCCAAUCCAGCGUGACAUGACAAUACGUUACUCCGUGACAGAGCAAGUCAUGCAAUCACUGCUAGACAUCGGCAGGAUUGUGAAGAACGUGACGGACCCUGCUCGAUCCACAAUUGAAUUAUUGAAGACUCCUCGUGGUUUUAUAAACGAGUGCAAGAUAAUCACCAGGAAUACAGAAGGAGAAGUGUGUCCCACAAGAAUCAAGUCUAUUGAUGUUAGAAUCAAAGAUGUGGAGGGCAACGAGGUGGAAAACAAAGUGUCUGAAGAGCAAACUGGAAAAUACCGUGUGAGUUUUAAGCCACAAAAAGAUGGACGGCACGAAAUUCAGGUGAAUAUUGRAGGAGAAAGGAUCAAGAACUCGCCUCAGAAUGUAGAGAUACUCGAUGUGAGGGAGUUGUUCAAACCUGUGAAAACCUUUGGAGAAGAGGGAAGUGGUAGAGGACAGUUGAAUGAUCCACUGUCGAUAGCAGUCAGUGAUAAUGGAGAGAUAGCCAUUGCUGAUUAUKKUAAUCAYCGUAUUCAAAUAUUCAGUCUUGAUGGAAACUAUUUAAGAGAGUUUGGCAGGAAAGGAACAGGAGAAGGUCAACUGUAUUAUCCAUUUGGAGUGAUGUUUAAUGAAGACAGAAUAAUUGUCAGUGAUGGUCCACAUGGUCAAGGCAGGAUACAAGAGUUUGACUUGAAGGGUACUUAUGUAAGAACCAUCUACAGACAUGACCAAUGGUUUGAACCGCGUGGAAUGUGUGUUAACGAUGAUAAAAACAUCGCAGUGUGCUGUUUGGGAAAACAAGAACUGGGUAUCAAACCAAGUAUCAAGGUGUUCAGUAAACAAGGACAUUUAGUUCAUGAGUUUAAUAUGCCUGAUAAUAAUGAACAGCCUCAGUACAUCACCUAUGGUAACGGGAAAUACUUUGUAUCUUGUGGUUAUGACAUAAACUAUGUUCUUGUUUUUGAUGUGAAUGGAGUUUUCUUGUACAAGUUUGGAAAAAAGAGAGAAAGAGACGGUCAGUUUAAUAGUGUACAUGGACUGGCUGUUUAUGGUCCAAGCAUGAUUCUUGUCUGUGAUCGUUAUAAUCACCGUGUUCAACUUUUCACACAAGAAGGUCAGUUUAUAAAGUCAUUUGGUAGCCGUGGUUCAGGUGUUGGUCAGAUGCUGUAUCCUGCUGAUGUAGUAGUUACAGCUGAUGGUCGAGUGUUUGUGCUAGAAUUUGGGGGUAAAAGAGUUUCUGUUUGGUGUUAAUAGAUAUCAACCAUUCAACACUUCUUUACACUUCUAUCCCUCUCAUACAGUACAGUAUAACCCUAAUAACUCUUUCAUUAUUAUUUCCAUGAAAACUUUGAGAAAAACAUUGAUUUUAUCGUCAUUAUUGAUGAGUAAACUCGAAAUGAGUAUUUCUUAGUUUUGUAGAUUCUCUUUGUUUUUCCAAAUAAAUAUUUAGUAAUUUGUUUCUUUUAUCAUUUUCACGAGUUAAAAAAGAAUACUAAAUUAAUGUUGUUCAGCUGAGUAUCAGCUUAUAACUCUCUCUACAUUAAUUAGAAGUCUAAAUAUUAUUUUGUAGCAAACUCAAUGUUAAAAUAAGCAGAUAGCAUUUUCAUUGAUAUCUAAAGGCCUAGUUUAGAUUAAACUAUAUUAUAUUAUAUUCAGUGAUAUACUGAUCAGCUGUGUCCUUAUACCUAAUAUUAUAGACUUGAUGAAGUAAUGCCAAUGUUGUUGUAAAUAUUUAUUAGCAAAGGGAAAAGUAAUUGGUUUGUAAAUAACCCAUAUUUAGUUUAAUGAUUAAAAAUAUUAUCAGUUGA